AUGGAUGUUGCAUAUCGCACUCGAUUAACGGCAACUUUAGAUGUUACACGCUUUCUUUUGAAACAAGGUUUGCCUUUCCGUGGACAUGACGAGUCAUUAAGUUCCUCAAAUAAAGGUAACUUUCUUGAAUUGAUUGAGUGGUAUACUCAAAGAAAUGAUGAGGUUGCCAAGACCAUGAAUGAAAAUGCCCUUGGAAACAAUCAAAUGAAGUCUCCAACAGUUCAAAAGGAUUUAACACGAGCUUGUGCUGCUGAAGUCACAAAUGUCAUUCUUAAUGAUAUAAAAGAUAAUAUAUUUUCUCUUAUGAUUCUUGCUAUUGUACAUGUGUCUGACACUUCUGCUAUUUCUUUGAAGAAGGCUAUUGAUGAAUUGUUUGCAAAACAUAAGUUGUCAUUAUCAAGAUUGAGAGGUCAAGGAUACGAUGGAGUUUCAAAUAUGAGAGGUGAGUAUAAUGGAUUGAAGGCUCUUAUAUUGAAGGAAAAUUCAUCUGCAAGGUAUGCCCAUUGUUUUGCUCACCAACUUCAACUAGUUGUUAUUGCAGUUGCUAAAAGCAAUCGAAUUGUGAGUGAUUUCUUCCAAUAUGUUGCUAUGAUUGUGAAUAUUACUGGUGCUUCAUGCAAAAGAAAAGAUAAGUUUAGACAACUUGAACAUGAUAGACUUGUAGAAUGUUUGGAGAAAGGAGAUAUUGUUAGUGGCAAAGGAAAAAAAAAAUCAAGAAAUCAGUUUAAAACGACCAGGGGAUACUCGUUGGGGGGUUCACAUUACAUGAUUAUUAUCCGUUUGAUGUCUACGUGGACUUCUGUUUUAAAAGUGCUUGAAAAUGUGUAUGAUGAUGGUACUAAUGAUGAUAAUAGUGGUAUCGCCACCCGUUUGAUUGAUAAGAUGGAGAGUUAUGAAUUUGUGUUUGUGAUGCAUUUGAUGAAAUCUUUAUUGGGAAUCACAAAUGAAUUGUCACUUGCCUUACAACAAAAGGAUCAAAACAUUGUACUGGUUCUUGAUAUGAUGGUUCAAGAGAUGAAUAAUCCGUUUUCAGAAUCAAGUACGGAGCUACUUCACCUUGCUGAACUUUAUCCGGGAGACUUUUCAUUGACUGAUCGUGUAAUACUUGAGGACCAACUUGAGACUUACAUUCAAAAUGUACGAUGUGAAUUUUCUAUGAUUGAAGAUUUGGGAAGUCUUGCUAAAAAGAUGGUUGAAACAAGUAAGAAUACAAUUUUUUCAUUGGUAUAUCAUUUGAUCGAGUUAGCAUUAGUUUUACUAGUUGCAACUGCUUCUGUUGAAAGAUUUUUUUCUACGAUGAAAAUUAUCAAGACUAAUUUGCGUAAUAGGAUGGGGGAUGAGUGA